AUGUCCAACUUCCUCCCUCUCCCUACGAAGCGCGCCACGCCUAUCCCGGACCUAGGACCCAAGAUUCUGAGCUACAUAACCAACAACUUCCGGGAUGCUCACCCCGAGGCGUUCAAGCGGGACGUGGAGCAAUUUGUGGCGCUGAGGAGGGAAUGGGUGGAGGGAAAGGGAGAAGCGCAUCCGGAGGGUGUCAAGGGGCUGAUGAGAUAUCACGCUCAGCUGGCUUUCCUGGUCACCAAAUUCCCUCGAGAUAUUGGCGUCGCCUUCUCUUAUCAUACACCCUUUCCCCCUGCCUUCUCCAUCACCCCCGACGCACCCAUGCCCCUCAACUCACUCACAUUCGAACGAGCCGCGGUGCUGUUCAACGUGGCCGCUCUUUACGCUAGCAUGGCAGCCGCGGAGAGACGAGCUGAGCUAGAGGGCAUAAAGCGGGCACUGGGGUAUCUCACGUCCGCAGCCGGCGUCCUGUCGUUCUUGAUCACCUCGGUGCUCCCUACACUGAAGAACGAGCUUCCGACCCCAAAUGCUGCGGGAUACGAUAUGACCGAGUCAUUCCUCGCUGCUGUGCGGGAGUUUAUGCUUGCUCAGGCACAAGAAUGUUUCUGGCAACAAGCAGUCAUGCAGGGAUCGUACAAAGAUCCGAUAGUCGCAAAGCUGUCGAUGAAGGUAUCGGAAUACUAUAAAUCCGCCCUGACAUCAGCCAAUAAUCCAGAAUACCCAUCCGCAGCCUUCUUGCCAACAAAUUGGACCACCCACAUCACCAUCAAGCAGCUCCAUUUCGAAGCGGCCGCGCAGUAUCGCAUGUCCAAGGACGACGUCAACAAAUCGCGGUAUGGGGUGGAGAUAUCCAGAUUGAGAGUUGCGGAGGGAUUGGCGAAGAAGGGAUUGAGCAAUACAAGAGGAGUGGCGGAUUCGGUAGUGAGCGACCUGAAGGAUCUCCAAAACGCAGUCAAGACCGCUCUCGAAAGAGCAACACGAGAGAACGAUCUGAUAUACGUCUCGCCCGUUCCACCUGCCAACCAGCUCGACCCGAUAAAUGGCGCCGGCAUGGUCAAGCUCGCUACGCCACACGAGAUCGCUGAGCCGGUCGAAUGGUUGAUGAAAGGCGGAGCGGGGAUCGGACCCUUGUUCAGUGGGCUGGUACCGUACGGGGUCCAUCUGGCGCUCAGCGUUUACGACGAUCGGAAAGAUACGCUCGUCCGAGAGCUCGAUAGUCGGCGAGAAGAGCUGGAUGGCCUAGCAGCGAGCACACUCCAAUCGCUCAGCCUACCAGGGACGAUCCAAGCCCUAGACAGGCCGGUCGGACUCCCGCCUAGUCUGCUGAAGAAGGCGGAGGAGGCAGAUGCUGGCGGUGGCACAAGGCGGAUCGAGGGGUUGCUGGAUGAGGUGGCGAGGCUGUCAAAGGCAAACCGGAAACAGCUCGAAGAGGCCAUGGACAUCCUAGAUGAGGAGGCGACAGAAUAUGAUACCCUACUCGAGCGACGACCUGACAUGGCCAACUCGAGACCGCCAUCACAUAUUGCUAAUUCGGGGUUGAUCCAGACUGCCCAGCAGUACGAGUCUACGAUGAAAGCCGCUGGGGAUAGCGAUGCGACGGUGAGGAGGAAAUGGGAGGAAUGGGAGUCGAGAAUAGCUGUAUUGGCAGACGAGGACGACCUGAAAGACUACAUCCCCUCCACGACUUCGCCUACCUCACUCCCCUCGUCUGUCCGCCCGCUUCGUGCCUCGCUCGAGGAGCUAGACGACCGAAUAGCGAAUCGACUCCGGAUCAUCCAGGAGGCACGAGGCCUGGCGCAUGGGGACGAUAUCAGACCGCAAGUACUGGCUGAGGCGAGCCGGAUGGCGCAUGGAGGUAGUGGCGAUGUAAAACCCGAGUGGUUUGAGGGCAUAUUCGAGAAGGCUUUGGAGAAGUAUGAAGGAGUACGAGCGGACAUGGCGAGGGAGGGUGGGAAGCAGGAGGCUCUGCUGGAGCGAAUCAGAGUACAAAACGAGACGUUCCUCUCUGAGCGGAAAGACGACCCUCGCGUCCGAGCUCGCGAGCAGGCACUACAAGAGAUGGAUAUGGCGUAUUGGAAAUGGCGCGAGUUGAUUGAGAAUCUCACGGAAGGUGUGGGGUUCUACAAUAAUCUGUCAGAGAUAUUGAGGGGGUUCAAGGUGGCGUGUGGGCAGUUCUUGAACUCGCGGAGAGCGGAUGUUGGGCAAAUCACGAAUGGGAUGCAGCAGAUGGGAGUCGGACAGCAACGUCCUCAGCAGCCGCCUCAGCAACAUCAGCAGCAACAGCCACAACACCAUCAGCAACAAUAUCAUCAGCAACAGCAUGACCAGCCAUCAUAUUCGGAUCAUCAACAGCCCUCACCAUCACGCCAUGGACAAUAUCAGCCGGAACCAUCCUACCACCAGCCUUCAGGCUACACCUCCUCUCCCCCGCCAUCCCGCGCUCCCCCUCCGCAAAGCCACCACUCCCCGCCCUCUCAGCAACGCGCCACUUUCCUCCCCCAUCCCUCUUCCGCAACGUGGCAGGACGCACCUGACUUUCUGCCUCCACCACCACCGCAACCUAUCCUUCGAUCGGGCGGGAUACCUGCAGCUGCACCAUCCAGGCAUAGCUACGAUGCGCCGGCCGGUCUGGACACACCGAAAAGGGUUACCCGGAGUCAAGCGAGUAAAGGUCCAAUAGGUGAUGCCGAGCGGAAUCCAUACAAGGGGAACGCGACGAGUAGGAGGGGCGGGGGCGUAGUAUAG